AUGCCUCCUCGAAGAUCUUCGCGCUCACGCGCGUCCGUUGAACCUGCUACCCGCACCGAAAUUGUCGUCCCGAAAAGAAAGAGAGGUAGCCAGGUGCCCGAUGAUACGCCUGAAGAAAAAGAGAACCGUGUAAAGCCCCCAUCUCGUGGGACGCGACGAUCAUCUGUUGUCAAGACCGAGAACCUGGACGCACCUGUUAAAGCGCGUCCAUCUACGCGUGCCAAAGUCUCGCUCCCUGAACUACCGGAAAGCGAUGAGGACGAGGAUGUUCCCCCUGCAAAGAAGCCACGGCCGUCCUUGGGUGCCGAUCAAGAUAGUGAAGACGAGGAGCUACAGCAUAUGACGGAUACGAGACGUCGGAAGCAAGGAGCACCGGGAAAUACUCGUAGCAAACAGUCGCGUCAUUCCAGCCCAGGGGAAGAAGUAUCUGCACCCAUCGUGCUUUCCGACGACAAUGAAGACGAAGACGACCCACAGCCCCGCAAAGGCACUGCAAAAUCCAAGUCGCCACGAAGGCAAGCUCGUUCUAAACCUGUAUCAGAUACUCAAAUGGACACGUCCGAUCGAGACCAGAAUACAUUAAAGACAGAAGAAGAACCUGAAGCUAGCAAGCAUGAUGAGGCGUCGGAGGGUGAUCACGAGAACGGUAGUGCGCCCGAUCCUGCAGAAGUACCUUCUGAUGAUGAAAAGGAAGAGGUUUCUCUACUCGAACCGCAACCGAUUCCAAAGCCUACGUCACAACCGCAGGUCGUUGAGGAGGAGCCUCAGGGACCAAAGCCACGACUAGUUAUCCACAAGCUAGCUCUUGUAAACUUUAAGAGUUAUGCCGGGAGGCAAGUUAUUGGGCCGUUCCAUAAGUCUUUCUCCGCGAUCGUUGGCCCGAAUGGCUCAGGAAAGUCAAAUACGAUAGACGCACUCCUUUUCGUCUUUGGUUAUCGAGCAACGAAGAUGAGACAGGGGAAGCUCUCGGAAUUGAUUCACAAUUCUGCUAUGUACCCUGAUCUGGACGAGUGCAGCGUAGAAAUCUAUUUUCGUGAAAUCAUCGACCUGCCUGGACCCGAAGACUUUGAGGUGGUUCCAGACUCUCAGCUAGUCGUUGCUCGCCACGCCUACAAGAAUAAUGGCAGCAAGUAUACCAUCAAUGGGAAGAGUAGCUCGUACACUGAAGUCCAGACGUUGCUGAAGGGGCGAGGUAUCGAUCUCGACCACAAGCGUUUUCUAAUUUUGCAGGGAGAGGUCGAGUCUAUAGCGCAGAUGAAGCCCAAAGGCACCGAACAUGAUGAUGGCCUCCUCGAAUAUUUGGAAGACAUCAUCGGAACUUCGAAGUACAAAGAACCCAUAGAACAAGCUCUCGUCGAAGUUGAACGUCUACAAGAGGAGCGCGGAGAGAAGCUCAAUCGCCUGCGGAUUGUCGAGAAGGAGCGGAAUGCUCUAGAAGGAAAGAGACAGGAAGCGAUGAACUACCUUCGUCUCCACAAUGAACACGUACGAGCGCAGUCUCGUCUGUUGCAGUGGUACCUGUGGAAAUGCCUGGACGGCGAUGAAGAGCUGAGAAAGUCUAUCGCUAAGCUGAAGGCGGAUCUGGCUGAGCUAGUCGAACGGAACAAGGAUGACAUAACGCACUACAAUAUGUUGACGGAACAUUACGCAGAGCGCGAGCGAGCUUAUGAGGGUGUUCGUGCUGCCGCAGCCGAAGCUACAAAAGAUCUUGCGAAACAAGAAAAAGAGGAGGUCAGCCUUAGCGAGCGACGUAAAAACGCGCAGUCGAAAGCGAAGAAGUUGAAGAAGACUCUGCAAGAGGACGAAAACGCGAAAGCCACGACGGAGAGGCUAAUCGAGGAGAGUGCAGAUAAGAAGGCUAGGGCCGAAGCUAAGCUUGAAGAACAUAAUAGGAAUCUUGCCACGGAAGAGAAGGAGCUUGAAAAGAUUCAAGAGAGUCUUAGAGACAAGACGCAGGUUUUCCAUGAUCAAAUUGAAGUCAAGCAAAAGGAACUUCAACCGUGGAGAGCCCGAAUCAAUUCCAAGCAGGCGGAGAUCGACGUUGCUACGGGGGAGCGUGAUGCUCUUGUGAAGAAAGCCGAAGAGAUCAAGCGAACUCACAAGGAAGCUCAAGAGACUCUCAGCCAACUACACGCCGACCAAGCCUCUAAGGAGGAAGAAAUCCAGACACUCCGUUCGCAGAAGACUCAGAAUGAACGAGAUGCAAGCCGGCACAGAAAAGCGGUACAGGAUCUCCAAGGCAAAGUUGACGAAUUGCGCAAGAAGUCCUCCUCCGCGCGAAGUAAAGUUGAUGAGGCGAAGGCAUCGCAAGCUGCUAGCACUUCUCAGAACCGCGUCGUUGAUGGCUUAAGCAGACUAGCAUCUCAAGGACGCAUCCAAGGGUUCCACGGUCGUCUUGGGAGUCUUGGAACCAUCGAUGAUAAGUACGAUGUCGCGAUUUCCACAGCCUGCGGGGCCCUCAACAACAUCGUUGUUGAUACCGUCGACCAAGGUCAAGCGUGUAUUGAAUACUUGCGCGCUCAGAACCUUGGCCGCGCCUCCUUCAUGAUCCUCGAGAAAGUCGCCCACUCACCAGGCAUGGCUCCUAUCAACACCCCCGAAGGCGUCCCUCGACUCUUUGACCUCGUAAGGCCUAAGGACCCUCGCUUUGCUCCGGCCUUCUAUAAGGUGCUUCGAGACACUCUCGUGGCUACGGAUCUUAAUCAAGCCAAUCGUAUCGCCUAUGGACAGAAGCGGUAUCGUGUUGUGACUUUAGAGGGGGGCCUGAUCGAUCUCUCUGGUACAAUGUCAGGUGGCGGUAAUCAGAAGAUGAGAGGGCUCAUGAGCUCGAAAUUUACUGCCGAAGCUGUGAGACCGGAGACUCUGCGCCAAUACGAACAGGACAGCGAGGCAGCCGCCCAGCAGCUUGAUGCAGCUAUUCGCGAUCUUCGAAACGCAGAGACUGAACUAGAACGCAUCUCAGCUAUCAUUCCACGAUCGACAAUGGAUAUCGAGAAGUUGGAACUGGAUGUGGCCAACUCAAAGAGGAGGAUAAGGGAUGCUGAGAAACGCGUCCAAGAUCUGAAAGCUCAGAGUCGCCCAGACGCUGGAGACUUGACUCGCAUCGGGCAACUCGACCAAGAAAUCUCAUCCUCUACCGAAGAGCUCGAAUCAUUGCAGGAGAAGUCUAGCAAGAUCGAGAAAGCGAUAGGUGAACUGGAGAAAAAGAUUCUUGAUAUCGGCGGGUCAAGACUCUUGGCGCAGAAGUCCAAAGUUGAAGGGCUAAGACUUCAUAUUGACCUUGCCAACGAAGAUAUCACCAAAGCCGAGGUCACGUCUACGAAGGCAAAGAAGGAUCUUGUCAAGUAUCAGUCCUCUCUAUCAACUAGCGCCACCGCUUUGGAGGAAGUAGACUCAGAGCUGAAGGAAUUGGAUGAAGAACUGGGCGUUCUUGGGGCAUACGUCCGUGAACUCAAGAAACAGGUCGACGAUGCACAGGCUGCGGCUGAAAAUUCUAAAGAGGAUCUAGAAUCUUUGAAGACGGAGCUAGAUGAAAAGGAGGAGAUUAUUCAAGCGUUCAAGCAAGAGAAGAUGGAGAUCGAUCAGAAGUUGUCAGAAGAGCAAGCCCGGUUCAAAGAAAACGACGCCGCAAUCAAGGGCUAUACUGCGAAGCAUAAGGCCCUUGUCCUAGAAGAUAUAGAUGACGAUGGCGAUGACGAUGACGAUGACGAUGAGGAGGGAGAGGGAGAGGGAGAAGACGAUGCAGCUAGCGAAGGCGGGGAUCCCGACAGUGCUGAAGUCAAGGAAGAACCUGGACAGGAUAAGCCUUCGCGAGGGAGGAGACGGACGAAGACCCCUUCAAACGAACUCCCGGCGAUUCCGAAGUCAGAACUACAACACUUCCAGCAUCGCCAACUAAUCGCCGACCAAGAAUUGCUUGACGAACGGCUGAAGAAGGCUAAACCAAAUCCUGGCGUCUUGGAAGAAUAUCGAGAACGCGAAGCCGAAUAUCUCCGACGUGUCAAAGACUUGGAGGAUAUUACAACCCAGCGCGACAAGCAGAAGCAGAUGCACGAUGGUUUGUGCAAGCAACGUCUUGAAGAGUUCAUGGCUGGCUUCACUCUCAUCUCGUUGAAAUUGAAGGAGAUGUAUCAGAUGAUUACCCUUGGUGGCAAUGCAGAACUUGAGCUGGUCGACAGCAUGGACCCCUUUUCUGAAGGUAUCAUAUUCAGCGUCAUGCCUCCGAAGAAAAGUUGGAAGAACAUUUCUCAUCUUUCCGGUGGUGAAAAGACUCUGAGCUCCUUGGCCUUAGUUUUCGCUCUACACGUCUUUAAGCCGACGCCUCUUUACUUCAUGGAUGAAAUCGACGCCGCCCUUGAUUUCCGCAAUGUCUCAAUCAUAGCCAACUAUAUCAAAGACAGGACGAAGAAUGCUCAGUUCAUCAUUAUCUCUCUUCGCAACGAUAUGUUUGAAUUGAGCCAUCGACUCAUUGGUAUAUAUAAGACGUCGAAUGCUACUCGAAGUAUCUCGGUGGAUAAUCAUGCCCUCUCAAAUCUCCCGACGCCUGCGCCUACAACUACAUGA